UCCUUUCAUCACCAUUUCACGACGUGUUUGUGACUGAAUCUUUAUUUAUUGUAUUUUCAUCCGGGUUUUUUUCCCCUCACAGAUCAUCAUAUUCAGCUACAAAUGACUCAGUCGAGUGUCACGUACAAUAUUGUGAUUAUAUGUUCCUCUUUCAUCAUGUACUGUAAGUUAAUGUAAUAUGUCAGCCUGCCACUGGAGAUGUAAGGUAGCUCCCCCUGUCCGCCAUCAGUCAGAUGCAUUUGCCUGUGGCCGUGUAUCUGAAGGUCACUCAUGAAUGGAUCGAUAACUACAUCUUGCCGGGAACUACUCUCAAAAGGAGUCAGCGGUACACUCAGUGCCGCCAUCACUAGAGACGAUGCUUCCAUGUGUGUUCGUAGGUACACAAGCUUUAAGAUACCCACAAAUAGCCGCUAUGUACAGUUCAUGUGCCGUGUGGUCAGUAAGCGUGGAAAGCCACAUGAAUUUCACAGUACUGACCUCUACUGUACUCACAUGCACUGAGAGAUAUUCGUAGGAUCCAGUGUGUAAUCUAUGAAAAGAACAUGGCGUCCGUUAUUUCUCAUUGGCUGCCACAGUUCAUUGUGUUGAAAAAGGAUCAAUGAUCAAAGUCAGAGUCAAGACAGAAGUUGGCGCCAGUUGCAUCUUCACGCAUUCCACGAGCUGAUGUGUGUUGCCACCGAGGAGACUAAGGUCCUCAGGAGACGCUUAGCACCCCCUCCGCCACAAGAGUCCCUUCGUUCUGCUUCCAGGGGCAUGCCUUCUGAACCAGGCCUCAGCAGGGAGAUGCUGACAGGACAAAGACUCUGCCAGUCCAAGUCCCAUCAGGACACCGUGCUUGCCGCUCUUAACCAGCAGAGGAAGGACGGACUUCUGUGCGAUGUCACGCUGGUGGCAGGGGAGCAAAAGUUUCAUGCCCACAAAGCCAUUUUGGCGGCAUGCAGCGAUUAUUUCCGGGCCAUGUUCAGCCUGUGCAUGGUGGAGAGCGUGGCAGAUGAAGUAACUCUACAAGGAGUCACCAGUGUCGGACUGAAGCACGCCUUGGACUUUGCCUACACUGGACAGAUUGUGCUGGAGCCAGCAGUGAUUCAGGAUGUUUUGUCUGCUGGGAGCCACCUCCAACUGCUGGAGCUCCUCAGCAUUUGCUCCCACUACCUCAUCCAGGAACUGAGCAGCGUGAACUACUUGGAGUUGUACCGAGUGGCCGACCUCUUCCACCUGCCUGCCUUGGAAGAGGCCGUGGUGGACUUUUUGGUAGGUCACCUCUCUGAGCUGAGCCAGAACCGCCAGGAGGAAGCCCUGCAGCUGCCUUAUCGCCUACUCAAGGAGGUGCUCAAGAGUGACCGCCUCACCUCGCUGAGUGAAGAAGAGAUAUGGAAGUUUGUGGUGAUGUGGUUGGAACACGACUGCCGCUACCAGUACACCGAGGAUCUUCUCCAGCAUGUCCGCUAUGGCCUGAUGGACGUCUCAACCCUACAUCAUCUAGCCUGCAGCCACCCACUGGUCCAGUCCAGCCCCACUGUCGCCACCCUGGUGGAAGAAGCCCUGAAUUACCACCACGCCACCUUUGCACAGCCCCUCCACCAGUCAGCACGCACCAGGCCUCGCUUCCAGUCCCUAACGCUCUACAUCGCCGGUGGAAGGAAACGGGAGGUAUGCAGAGUCCAGGAGUUACGUUACUUCAAUCCGGCUGCACAGGACCACGUACGUGUGGCAGGCGGGUCAAACUGGAGCGAGCUGGCGCCAAUGCCCACUGGGCGCAGCCACCACUGUGUGUCUGUAAUGGGGAACUUCCUCUUUGUUGUCGGAGGGGAGAUGGAGCACACCAGUGGGAGGACGUGUGCAGUAAGGACUGCGUGUCGAUACGACCCCAGGGCCAACCGUUGGACCGAGAUAGCUCCCAUGAAGGCUUGCAGAGAACAUUUUGUACUGGGAGCUUUGGGCCAGUACCUUUAUGCGGUUGGCGGCAGGAACGAGCUGAGGCAGGUGCUUCCCUCGGUGGAGCGAUACUGUCCCAAGAAGAACAAGUGGAUGUAUGUGCAACCGUUUGACCGCUCGCUUUCCUGUCAUGCUGGCUGUGUGGCUGAAAAUCUGCUCUGGGUCUCAGGUGGAGUGACAAACACAGCUCAGUACCAGAAUCGUUUGAUGGUCUAUGAGCCGGAGCAGGACCAGUGGUUAGCUCGCAGUCCCAUGUUACAGAGGCGGGUCUACCAUGUCAUGGCGGCAGUGAGAAGGAAGCUCUAUGUGCUCGGGGGCAACGACCUGGACUACAAUAACGACCGGAUUUUGGUGCGCCACAUCGAUUCCUACAACCUGGAUGUGGACCAGUGGACACGGUGCUCCUUCAGCCUCCUCACAGGUCAGAAUGAGUCUGGAGUAGCAGUCCAUGAUGACAGGAUCUACGUGGUUGGAGGCUACUCCAUUUGGACCAAUGAGCCUCUGGCAUGCAUUCAGGUUCUGGAUCUGAGCCGAGAGGGAAAAGAAGAAGUUUUCUAUGGGCCAACGUUGCCAUUUGCCUCAAAUGGGAUAGCAACCUGUUUUCUCCCAGCUCCAUAUUUCACUUGUCCCAACCUUCAGACUCUCCAAGUACCCCAUCACAGGAUUGGUGCUGUUUAAUCACGAUGCAAACAUUAACGAAUGAUGGAGUGGACAUCAUUUUUCAUCACAGUAUUGAUGCUUUCCUAAAAUCUAACCAUUAUGGUGCAGUUUUAAGAAAAACAAUCACCCCAAAGACAUAAAACAUAUUUUUAACUGGCCUAAUUACUCACUAACAUGUUAAUAAACCCGAGCAUUUUGAUUUUUUUCCCAUAUCCAGAGAAGGCAGCAGUUUGUGUGUGUUAUCAACCUCUGUAUUUGAAAAAUGCAUAA